CUGAGGUCGUGUCGGAGGUCGCAGCUCGGAUUUUCCGAUCCACACUCACAUCCCUCGGAUUGCGCCACAGCAGCGCCAUAAAUUCGCGCUCAGUUCGUCUGCAGAAGUCGGCAGAGGCGGUUCGCAGUCGUCCGCAAGUCCCCUUUCAUCGCGAAAAAGGAGUGUUUUGUGUCUGUGGUGCGUGAUCUCGGUUGUGUAAUUAAAGCGUGUGAAAUGAACGAAUAGCCCACAAAAAGUGCAAUCAGAGAUAUAAACGGGCAGUUGUGAGAGUGAAGUGCGACACCGAAAUGCACCAAAGCAAACGCUCCAGCGAAUUGUGCAAUCAAUACCAAAACCAAAACCAAAACCUACACCCCAGCCGAAGCCAAAGCCAAAGUCAAGGAUCCAGCGGAGUCGCCCGUCGUCCGACGAUGGGCCGGAACAAAGGAGCCGCCGCCGGAGCGGGCGCAGUCAGCUGUGGCCUGUUGAUGCUCCUGCUGCUGCUUCAGCUGGUGGGUGAGCGCCUGGCGACGCCGUCGCCCUCCUCCAUGCAGGCGCCGCAGAAACGAGGUGGCAGUGGCAGCGGCGGAGGCGGUGGCGGCGGAGGCGGUGGCGGCGGCGGCGGCGGCGGUGGGAGCGGCAGCUCGUCGGACGUAUCGAGGGACCACUGCAACAAGACGGUGGACAUCUUCGAGGACAUCAGCUCGCCGGAGGUCAGCAGCCAGAACGUGGGUCGUCCGCUGACCUGCUGGUACCGCUUCCGCACCCUGAAGGGGGCGCCCCGCGACUUUGUGCUGCGCCUGCGGUUCAAGAAGUUCAAAGUGGGUCAGCUGCUGAACGCCACCCACUGCGAGGGCGGCUACUUGCAGAUUGUUGAUGGCAAUGCCAAGACGGAUGUCUCGAAUCGCAGGGAGCCCGGAAUGUUCUGCGGGGAGGCGGAGCAGCCGCAGACAUUCAUCAGCGAGACCAGCUAUGUGAAGGUCCUCUUCCACACGGACAACUUUACGGAUCAGACCUACUUCACAUUCGAUUCACGCGCCGAGCAGCAAACGGAAGUCUAUCUGCGAUAUGGCCAACAUCCGGAAUUAUAUCCAAAUCGCCGCGGCGAAGUGGUCCAAGGAUCCUACUGCGAGCGGGAGUACCGGGACUGUCGCCUCCAGACCUGCUACGUCCAGUCGCCCGCGUAUCCUGGCCUGUAUCCCCGGGCCCUGAACUGUCGCUACAAGCUGCACACCCGCCAGCCGUACAUCAAAUUGUAUCUGCAGAACGAGCAGUUCGCAGUGGACGGUCAAAGAUGUGAGAACGUGAUGACCUGUCCCAUCAGGCCCAUUGGCUCUGGGAAUGAGCACUGCCCCUACGACUGGCUGGCGGUCUACGACGGGCGGGAUGAACACUCCCCCCUGAUAGGAAAGUUCUGCGGCCUGGGCAAGUUCCCAUUCAGCAUUAUAGGCACCUCGCAGUACAUGUACGUGGAGUUUGUGACGUCGCCGGCGGGCCCGCUGCUGAACACGGGCUUCCAUUUCAACGUGGGCAACUGGCCGGGCCAUGUGGAGACCGCCGGGAUCAAGCACGGGGUCUGCGACUGGCUGCUCAGCUCCGACUCGCUGAAGGACAGCAGCGCCAGCGAGGGCAUCUUCCUCAGCAUCGCCCACUGGUAUCCGCCGAACACCUCCUGCAGCUACCACAUCAAAGGACACCCCGGCGAGAUUGUGCGCCUCUACUUCCCCAGCUUCCGCAUCAACCGCAUUGAAUCACCCAUUCUGAAGUACGAGGGUGACUGCGGGGAGUCCCUGACCAUCUACGACUCGGACCACGCCGACCCCGCGCGUAUCAUCAAGACCUUCUGCGACACCUUCUCGCGGCCCAUGGAGAAGGUGGACUUCGUGAGCACCAGCCCCUCGCUGUACGUCCAGUUCGACUCGAAGACGGGCAGCUAUAGCGGCAGCUCACUGUACUACUGGGCGCACUACGACUUCUUCAACAACACCCGUUUCGGGGACCCUGUGCCCAACACCCUCUGCGACGAGGUGAUGUACGCCUGGAAGCACCCGGGCGGUCGUCUGCGAUCGCCCCUGAAUUCCCUGAUCUUCAAGCGAACCGGAGGCAGUGAUGUCCGCUGCCAGUACAAGUUUGUGACGGAUCGAAGGCUGUAUGCCAGGGCCAUAAUCGAGGUGAAUGCGGUGUCCUUCAAGGAGCUUCCCUACAACAGCAAUGCCUGCACCCGGUGCCACGAGGAGCGGGUGGAUAAGCUGGUGAUUUGGGAGGAGCGGGACAAGUACCAGAACAACCUGGCCUGCUUCUGCGACAACAUCCCCAGGGCGGUGAGGGUCAUAUCGUCGGCGGAUCAGAUGAACCUGGAGAUGAUUGUGCAGGGCCAGCACGCCAUUACGUCCUACUUCAAGAACCCGAAUCCCCUGUUCGAAGCAACCUAUGAGUUCGCCCACGGGCCCUUGUGCGGACCCAUCACCCUGGGACCCUCGCCCGACGGUGAGCUGGUGUUCCCGUACAAGAAAGCCCUGGCCAUGGUGUCGGGACCCAUGGCGCCGCCAGAGCAUCACUACCGCCGCGAGAAGUGCAUUUGGGAGCUGAAGGUGGCCGCCCAGCGGGACCUGUGGCUCAACUUGGAGAAGGCUCGCUUUGCGGACCGCAGCUGCGAAAGUGCCAAGAUCGAAGUCUAUUUGGCGGGACGGCUGGAGCCGCGCUUUGUGGUCUGCCCGGAGAACAUAUCGCUGGCCAGGGACUUGCCCAUACUGACCACAGCGGAGUUGGGGGCCACGGGCGCCGACCAGGAGCCCCUGCCCGUGCUCAUCCAGUACACGGGAGAUGGUCAGCCGGGUCGCAACAUCUUCCGGCUGGUUUGGACGGAACUCUUCCACCUGCCCCGCAACCCCGAUGGCAGUUUGGCCGCCUCCCUCCUCCAGGACGGUGGCUGUGACUUCCGAUGUCCUGGCGACACCGAGGUCUGCAUUCCGAAGCAUUUGAUCUGCAAUGGAAUAGCCAACUGUCCCAAUGUGACGCACACCUCGACGCUGUCGCAACUCACCCGGCACAUCGAGUGGAAUCUGGAGCAACUGGGACUUCUCCAUCACGCUGGCGAGUACCAGCAGUUGGUGCUACACGAUGAAUCCCCGGAGAUCUGCCUGAGACGCGAUCUCAGCGAACUGCCAUAUGGAAAGCUGGCACUCAUAACCCUGGGACUGUGCCUCAUGUUCGCCCUGCUCUUCGCCAUUUUGAGGCGGAUGUGCAGCAGGUCGUCCAAACAGCAAGGAAGACAUCAUCUGGAGGAGGACUAUUAGA